CCCCCUUAUCGAUGGCCCCGCCCUCAUAUAGGCACCACCGCGCUCCCGGGGCAUGGACCUUCCGUGGCUGCCGGACUCUAAUGCCCGGUACCGGGACCGGCGCUUCUGGGACUCGCGGUACCGGGAGGUGGGGGCUGCUCCGGCUGAGUGGUUUGGGGGCUUAUCCUGCUUCCGCGAGCAGCUGGAGGCGGAGCUGCGCCCGGGGGACCGAAUCCUGGUGCUGGGCUGUGGAAACAGCGCCCUGAGCGCCGACCUGUUCCAGCUUGGCUACACAGAUGUCACCAGCAUUGACUACUCUCCAGUGUGCAUCACGGGCAUGCGAGCCCGCUACGCCCAGUGCCCGGGCCUGCAGUGGGUGGUGAUGGACGCUCGGGACUUGGCCUUCCCAGACGGCACCUUCGACGUGGUUCUGGAGAAGGGCACGCUGGAUUCCAUGAUGGUGGCGGAGACGGACCCCUGGAACGUGUCGCCCGAGACCACAGCGCUGCUGGACCAGGUGCUGAAGGAGGUCAGCAGAGUCUUGCGGCCAGGAGGCCGUUUCAUCUCCAUCACCUUUGCCCAGCCGCACUUCCGCAAGCGCCACUACGCCCAGCCCGCCUAUGGCUGGUCCCUGCGCCACUCCACCUACGGCACUGACUUCCACUACUUCCUCUACAUCAUGUGCAAGGGCCAGGAGCUGUCCCCUGCCGACCUGGCGCUGGGGCGGAGACUCCACGAGCUGCCCUGCCCCGCCUGCCCACCCAGCUACCUCCAGGCCUCGGACAACGAGGAUUAUCUCAGUGCUAUUGAGUUGUGAGCGGGAAGGGCCUGCCACCCUUGUAGCAGCAAGGAGUUCUCCAGCCGACAUGGGGACCUAAGCCAACCAGUGCCAGCUGCAGCUGCCAAUGCCAGAUUCAUGGGGCUGGGUGACAGCGGGCUCCUCUAAUCCAGUGCCUUGCCUGUGGCUGGCAACAGGAGCCCAUCCCAUCCUGUCAGGCACCUGGGCGCCGAGACCAAAGGGAACAGUGUUUUGCAGUCAGCUCAAUAAAGUUGGUUUCUCUCUAGA